AUGAUCCGUGUUUGGUUCCAGGCGGUCGCGGCCGUCCUCUGGCUCUCCUGCGGCUCCCAGGGAGGCCCGGCCCGGCUGUACUCGGAGGAAGACCCCCUAGUCAUCCUGAGCGGCGGCAGCCUGAAGCCCACCGUCACGAACUCAUCCACUGCCUGGCUGGUCCAGUUCUACUCGUCCUGGUGCGGACACUGCAUCCAGUACUCCAGCACAUGGAAGGCCCUGGCCCAGGACGUGAGAGACUGGCAGGAUGCCGUUGGCAUUGCCGUGCUGGACUGCGCUCAGGAGGGAAAUUUUGACAUCUGCAAAGAAUUCAGCAUCAAAUUCUACCCCACCUUUAAGUAUUUUCGGGCUCACAGUCCUCCAUCAGACAAAGGGACGAUCUAUAGAGGAGCAGACAGAGAGAUCCAGUCCAUCCGGCAGCUAAUCAUCAACGUCCUCCAGAACCACACGAAGCUGGAGCGCCCUCAGCACUGCCCUCCUCUGGAGCCAUACAGCGCUGCAGAGCUCCUGCCCCUGUUGGGUCAAAUGUCAGACCACUACACCGCCAUCAUUGUGGAGGAACCGGACUCGUUCGUCGGUCGGGAGGUGAUCCUAGACCUGCUGCAGUUUUCGGGGGUUCAGGUCAGGAGAGCGUUAAGUUCUGAUCGUUCCCUGUUGGACACUCUGGACAUCUCCGUCUUCCCCUCCAUCUACCUGCUGCACCCCAAUGGAACACACGCACACGUGCACAGUGAGAAGAGGCUUCGGUUCUUUUUCUCGUCCCAGCUGAGAACACUUCCGGGGGUGUGGCACCGCAGCAGUUCUGCAGCCUCUCAGACGGUGGCGCUGCAAGACAGCCAGACCUCACAACCAUGGAAGGACUUUGACAGGUCCAAGGUAUACACAGCUGAUCUGGAGUCAGCACUUCACUACAUGCUGAGGGUGGAGCUCGCCACCCAUAGCACUCUGCAGGGGGAGGAGCUAAAGGUCUUCAGGGACUUUGUCACUCUGGUCUCCAAGCUGUAUCCAGGUGGGGACCCUGUGGUGAAGCUGAUGGAGACGCUCUCUGAUUGGCUGCUCAGUCUGCCGCUGCAGCAGAUCCCGUACCAGGCUGUCCUUGACCUGGUGAACAACAAGAUGAGGAUCUCAGGUGUCUUUCUAGGGGCGGAGCUUCGCUGGGUUGGUUGCCAGGGCAGCAGACCAGGACUUCGGGGCUACCCAUGUUCCCUCUGGACUUUGUUCCAUGUCCUGACUGUCCAACACGAUGCCACGCCCACCUCACUGGACAACACAGGUCUAGAGGGCGAGGCGGCACCUGUGCUGCAGGUGAUGCGGCGUUACAUCAGGACGUUCUUUGGCUGUGAGGAGUGCGGUCGCCACUUCGAGACAGCGGCCGCCUCCAGCCUGGAGCAGGUGAAGAAUAGGGACCAGCAGAUAUUGUGGCUCUGGAACCAGCACAACCGGGUCAACACCAGACUAUCCGGUGCCCUGAGUGAUGACCCCCUCUUCCCCAAAGCACCUUGGCCAAGCCCCGCCCUCUGCCCCUCCUGCCACGAGGAGAAGAACGGUGUCCACCUAUGGAACCAGAAUCAAGUUCUUGGGUUCCUCCGACACCACUAUGGAGCCUCGAACCUCUCACCAAGAUACUCCCUCAGCCCCCCGCGCCUCCCCGCUGCCCUGCCUGACCCAGUCCGGACGGUCCAGCCUCAGGCAGAGCAUCGAGGAGCUGCAGCAGUAAAGGGAGCAGAGAGGAAGCCCGAAGAGCAGCCAGAACCUAGACCCGGACACCCUGCUCUGAGAGGGAAGCCAGAGGAGGUUCCGGAGCACGGGGGUCGGGGGGUUUGGGUCCUGGGUCUGGGUUUUAACAGUGUUGACAUGAGUCUGUGUGUGGUUCUGUAUGCCUGCUCCUGCCUCUUCCUCAUGCUCCUCUUCUUCUUCUUCAAACUCCGGUCCAGGAGGUGGAAACGACGCCACCACCUCCACGUGUGACCCGGAUCAGCCUCGGUUCUGACCCGCUUUAGCUGAACUAGUGCUGGGUCAGCAGAACUUCAGCUGAGUGUUGUUCUGGAUCUGUGGUUGACCAGACUUCAUGUGUGAAUCUUCAGAACCCGGGUCAGCACCAGUACCUCGAUGAUACUGCAGAACCAGCUUCAUGAUGGUGCCGUGUCCGUGGUUCUGAUCUGGACCCAAAGAUCCUGAUCCAGGACCAGAAGUUUAUUUAUUGUUUUUGUUCCCUGAAUCAAGUGAACAGAACUGUUGUGAAGCUGGACCAGAACCACUGACUCAGACCUUAAACUGGUUUCUGUAUUUAUUUAUUUUUAUAUUUCUGAUCGGGUUUUAAGUCUGAACUGGGAUUUCCUGUGGCCCCGCCCCCUCUGUACACCUGGCUCUGUUAUGACCAGUUAAAGAACUUCUGAGGACUUUGGAAUUGGACUUUAACUUGGGACAAGAACCACGGUCAGAACCCAAUCUAGGUUUUAGUCCUGCUGAUGGAAGCCCAGAGACCCAGAGCCCAGAGACUGACACGACCUCUGACCCAGGAACCAGAUGACGUCUCAUGGUUUCUGUUCAUAUUUUUCUGAUGGAUUAUUUUAGUCUUUAACACGUUUGUAAAUAAAUGUUGUUGCUGAGCGUC